UUGUUAAGACUAUAUCGGCAUAGAAAAAACAUCACUUAGUAUUAAUAAUAAAAAUAAAAUAAUUAGUAGAAACUCGUCUUCUCGAAUGUACCUAUCAUUAUAAAGUGUAAAUGUGAGCAGAUAUAACUGGCAUAUAUUUAUAUAGAAUGAUGCAUGUAUGAGAGAUUCUUGAUUGUGAAAUGCAACUAAACUAUUUACGGUGUCGAAGAGUAAGAGGUGGAAGAAUUGGAAUCUGUACUUGCAAGAGAUCAGAAAUUUCAGUUAAGUGAAACAGUUUCUGGAGACAAUGCAGGAUGAAGAAGUGUCUACUACUCAAACAGUGACUCACGACAGUGGACUUAAGCAACAGUUAGAAGAGAUGCAGAAUGUUUGUGCUCAACUGAAUAAUGAAAAGUUUGAGCUGAUUGAACAGCUAAUUAUGCAAAAGAAUACAAGUAAAGAACUAGAAGAACGAGUUGCUCAACAAGAAAAAGAACUUCACAAACUAAAGAAUCAGCUUUCUAAUAGGGAACAACAACUUAAAAACCUGGAACAAACUUUCAACAUGAAAACUUUCCAACACCACCAAAUAGUUGAUAGAAUGAGACAUUAUGAAGCCCAAAGUCAAUUAACUAAAGUUCUGCAAGAGGAUCUAACAAAGGCUCAGGCAAGAAUUGACAUGUUGUUAACACAGAAUUCAGAAUUACAAAUGGCUUUGGCUCAUCAAGGUGAAGACAUGAUAAAAUCUACAAAUGAAUUUCCUACUGACAAGGAGACUAUUAAAAAGAAUGAUUUGAUUGUUUCUCUCUCAGCAUCUGUCAAGCAACUACAGACAGAACGAGACUACCUAUUGCAUCAGCUCAAAAACCAGAAAAGCCAAAGAGAAACAGAUAUGAUUCCUAAAAGAGACUACGAACCAAGUAAACAUUUCCAUAAGCAACUUGAGGAGAAAUUUAAGAAGACAAUGGAUCAAAUUGCUGAACUAACUGAGAGAAAGCAACAGUUAGAACACUUAGUAACUCAGCUUCAGGGAGAGAGUGACACAAUUGCUGACUACGUAGCUUUGUAUCAAGUACAGCGAGGCAUCAUGAAAACAGAAGGAGCUGAAAAAGAUGAAUACAUAGCUCAGUUAUCAAAGGAUUGGAAAAGCAUAAAGGCUAAGCUCAGUGAACUGCAGAGCCUAAUUUUUCAGUUGUUGGAGGAAAGGGAGCAAAUACAGAACAAUUCCUUGCAUACGCUACCAGACAAUAAUUACCAUGGACCAACAGUACUAGAAAUAAAGAAAUGCCAAUCUAAAGAUGUUCCAAAGUGUACUGAGAAAGACUGUAAUACAUUAAAAAAAGUUGAUGGUAUUAAUAUUCACAAAAGUGAUAAUCAAACAGCAAAGAAAAUUAUUGACCUCUUUACAGAACUUGAAAGUUCCAAUCUUACACAGAAUCCUGUUCUUGAUACUUUCCACCCAUGUUCUGUUUGUUCAGGAAGACUGCUAACUGUAUGAAAUUAAGUCAAUAUAACAGCAGACACGGAAUAAAGCAGUACAGAUGUGUAAGUAACAAUAUGUUUUGUGAAGACCCAUUUUAUAAGCAGCUUAUAGUAGAGUCUAAAAGAAAGUAAAACAUUGUUCAUUGUAAUAAUAAAACAUUUAUGUUUUUAGGUAUUGUAAUUUUACUAACAGGAUAUCUAUAAAGGAAAGAAAAAUAAUUCUACCUGAUAUGCAGUAAACAGUAUAACGAAAAUUUGAUGUAACACAUAUAUAUAUAAUAUAAUGCUCUCUGGAAUGAUGCAGUGAGAAUAUAAUAUUUUAAAUAAAUUAGUAGUUGUUCUUUUACAAGUCAGUUCUCAAAGUGAAUACUAAAGUAAUCACUGUUGUAUAUAUUUUAUUAAAUUCAGUUUACACUUUGAACUCGAAAUUUUCUAAGAAAAAUAUUUAUAUUCAAUAUUUGAAGUCCACUGUUCUUCAUCAUAGUGUUUUAUAUGUAAUUUUCUAGACAGGUUAUAUAAAAACUUAAGACUUUUUGUAUGAAAUACUGUUUAGGGACCUAACAAAAAUGUAAAAAUAUACCUCAUUUCACUGGCUGUAAACACUGUCAAUGUUCAAUAGGUUGUGUAUUUCUGUUACUGUUCACUAAGUUAGUUAUAAGGUAUCUAUGAAUAAGCUACUAAAUUACUGUUCUGCAACACUGAUUCCUUUCAUAUCUUUUCAUACCAAUUAAAUCAGUAUUAUCUUUUUCUCUGUGAUUACAGAAAUUCACAUCAGGAUUAUCAUGAUACGAGUUUGUUGUAAUCACAGGACUAUGAUACAUCUCUGUGAUUCGAUGCAGUGAGAUAGUGCUAGGUAUAUUAAAUUACACUAUGUAGUUGAGCAACAUUUAUAUGUAUGCUUGUACAUAUCAACAACAACAUUUGGACAACAAUACAUCACACAUAAGAUGUGUGUUUGUUAUGUGGUAACAUUAUGUAUUUUAGUGAGACAUUAUUUUAGAUGUAAAAACAUUUUUUAUUGACCUUUAAGUAUAUGAAAUUCCUUAGUUUAGCAUUAUUAGGACUUUUGGUAAUACUUUACUAUUAGCUGUAAUUUUAAGUUCCUAAACUGGAAAGUUCCUGUAAAUUUGUUUCACCAGGAAAUACCAAUAAUUUAAUUAUCUUUAGAUCCUGAAACAUUAUAAGCAGAAAUACAUCACCAAAUGAAACAAUGAUUUGUAGGAACUGAAGAUAUAAUGUGAAUUAUUAGAUUUAUGAAAUAAAAAUGUACUAAGUAAUGAAAGGCAGACAAAAAAGAAAAAGUUUUUAGAUGCUUCAUUUUGACUGUUAAUUGUUUUCUUCCAACUUAAAGAAUACUACCAUGUUUAAAACAAAUGUAAAAUUGUUAUUUUCAGUCUGGUUAUGGCUUUAUUCUAAUCAUAUGUUUGGAUUUUGAGCUCAUUAGCUCUGUACAGGAGUAUAUGGAGCAGAUUUCAAUAAUGGAAUAUUUAAAAAAAUGUAAAAGAAUGUGAAAUUUAAUCCUACUGUGUUUUCUGUGACACUUCUAUUUAUGAAUAGUUGCUUGAUUCUAGUCAGGUAUGUUAGUAUUUUCAGGUCAGUAGCUCCAUGUAGGAAUAUUCAAGGAGAUUUCAAGAAAUGAUAUUGUAACUUUUACAUUUGGUUUAUGAUUAAUACUUAUAUUCAUUCACUGGAUUUUUUUGCUAUACAAGUAUUAGGUAUUAGAAGGACACUGAAACCAUGAUUUCUUUUUGCUACUACUACUCACUGUUGUGACAGUGGUUUCAAAUUAGUAGGGUUGUGUGAAAAAAUGCAUUAUUGUGGAAUUUCAGUGGGAGGAUUGAAGUGAUGUAUUCUGGGUUUCUUUGGAUACGUGUACACAUAGCGCAGGUUAAUGUACUAUAACAGGUUAACAUGACAGUAGCGAAAAGUGUCACCGUAAUGUGUGGCUAUGGUAUAAUCAUAAUAUGCUAUUUCUAGCACUAACUGAUAUGUUGUUUAUUUUUGAAAUAUAUAGCUUAUAUCAGUGUGUUAAAAGUGCAAAUAGAUUUCUUAAUAGUUACACAGUGUGCAUGUGGUUUUGCUUAUUUUGUUUUUAUUUGUUCUUCUUUUCCCUCAAAAAUUAGUACGACCUGUGCUGUUCUAGUUAUGGAUAUUGGUUUUUAAUUUGUAUGUGAUCAAGCUCGAUGAUAUGUAAAUAAAAGUUGUAUUUAAUAUAGUUAUGGAUGCACAUUGAUUUACCAGAUUUUCAAUUUAAUGUAUGCAUUAAUAGAAGUGAAUCAUUAUGUAAAAAACAAAAUUGUAUUUAGCAUCAUAUUGGCCUUUAUUCUAACCUAACUGUAAAAUUUUCAAGUUCAAAAAGGCCAGAUGACGUAACAUUCUAUAUUGUUAUUUCAUAUCCAUAUAUACCAUAAU